UCUGCAAGGCGAGCGACUUAUCAUUUGCAGAGAUGGCGAGCUGUUGGUACGUGCUUUUUGUUGCGAUCAGCUUUUCAACGCUGACUCAUGCAUGGCGUGGUUUUCGUGGUGGAAUCAUUACAUGGACCUUUGAAAACGAUCCCACUACAAAACCCCCCAAUCAUGUGUCAUGGAGACCAUAUGGAACAAGGCCACCGACAACAUGGCGUCCGUGGAACUCUUAUACAACACCGCGUCCGUUCCCAUGGGCCCCAGCAAAUCCUCAACUCAAGUUAAAUCUACUGUUCAGGACAGCUUGGAGUUUGUCAAGCACACGCUGCCGCUAUAGAGACGAUUACUAUCUCUAUGUCAUGUAUGACAUAUGGCGUGUUGGCGGCGGCUCGUACUCAGUAUGGGAAUAUCGAAGGAUUGGUUGUCUUGACUACAGUGAGAGCGAGGAUUGGGCGGAAGUUUUCUUCAACGCAACUUUCCCAAGCGAUAUUAGACUUAUAAGGUUUCGUUCUAACCCUUGGGAUCCUGGCUGCUGCUGGAUAGGAAUGAACGACAGCAGUUACUCUGGAGCUUAUUUCAACCUGGAAGCGAGUGUGAAUCUGACAACUUUAUCGCAAGUCCGCCCAAACUCCUCUCCAUUCUCCUCUCUUCCUCUGAUUGUCAACCUCACGCACAUCAGAGAAGUGAUCAGGAUCCCUGUGGUAGAUCCUGAUGGGGACAAAGUGGUUUGCAGGUGGCAUGGGAACGAGAGCUCGUUUCCUUUUGCUGUUUUGGAUGAGGAAAAUUGCACCCUGACAUAUAAUGGCAAUUCAGUGACUGGUACCAUAUACCCCGUCCUGCUUGACCUCGAGGACUAUCCGAGUUGGGAGACCACUUACGAUAACAAUACGAUCAUUAGCAGGACAAACCUGCAGUUCACUGUUCAGAUCAAACACCCAAUUGUGUGCCAUCCGGGAUAUUGCAAAAAUGGCGGGACAUGCUACAGACCAUGGUACUGGGGAUUGUACUGCGCAUGCCCGACAGGUUACAGUGGGCUCAGAUGUGAAUCGCAAGUGAGUUCCUCCGUCUCUUGUGGGGAGCGUCACAUGCAGAUUCAGCUCGGUAAGGCCUCGUUCCCAGGGGUUAGCGCUGGCUCCCUUCAGUUGAGGUCAUCCCAGUGCAUAGGUCGUGAUGGCGGCUCUCACAUUUACUUCACCUUCGGACUUGACGAAUGUGGGACGCAACAUAACGAGACGGACACUGAGAUCAUCUACUCCAAUGAGGUUAUUUAUCGCGACUACUGGAAUGACACUAUUAUUACAAGACAAAAGAAGAUCGCUGCACAGUUUGUCUGCGUCUACAAACGAGAGGGACAUGCGAGUACCAGCUUUAGCAUCAGAAAAACUGCAUCGUUAAAGCUUGGUUCAAAUGGCACAAUCACCUUCCUCAUGGAUAUCUACCGCACGCAUGCGUACCUGAGUGCUUACCGCUGGUGGGAAUACCCGAUCCGCGUCGGCUUGAAUGAUCCCCUGUUCAUACAGUACAGCGUGCAAUCCAACAAGACCGGAAUUUACGUGUUUGCUGACUCAUGCUACGCCACCAACACAGGAAGCCCAAACACAUGGCCGCGCUAUAAGUUUAUUGACAAAGGAUGCCCGAAGGACAGCGGUACUCAAUACAACUACAGGCUCAGCCCUGUCCAGCGGUUCAGCAUCAGAUCCUUCCGCUUCAUGCAGCAGCACGCUGACCAAGUGGUAUACCUGCACUGCAGGCUCGUUGUAUGUCACCGCUCCCUCAGCUCGCGUUGCCAACAGCGAUGCGACCAUGCCCUUAUAAGGAAGCGCAGAGGUCUUGACCAGUCAGAGAACCAGGAAGUCGACCUCUUUGUUCCACUGAUGGGAGAUAAGUCAGAUGUCCGAUUUGGGGGGCAGAAAGGAUCGGUUCACAACAAACCCAUGAUCGCGGGCCUUGGCGCACUUGGUGGUCUGCUCAUUCUUGUGUCAGCGGCUUUUGUAUUUGUAACCAUGCGCAAAAAACAAGACGUCAAUGACAAACCCGCCAUCGAGCUUGAUGCUGUCGCCUCAGCAGCCAACCAGGGCAUAGAAGAGGACGCGGAGGUGAAGGAGCAUGCGCAGACGUGUGCCUGAUACGCCGCUGACUUGAGACUGCGAUGACAGCAGUAACGCGUACCAUUGUUGUACUGCGCAUGCGUAGGGUGUAGUUUUAUAGGAGCGCUGUUAAAAGGUCUGCAAAAUCCCAUUUAUCUGCAGUCUCCUUGAUCAUCACUUGCUUUUUGUUUAUUGUAAGGAACGCGAGGGAACGCUGAAGAGAAAGUUCUCAUUCACCCCCCCCCCCCCCCCCAUCACCAGGCCCACACAGGUGGAGUUCAAACGGAUCCUUUUUCCGUUUUUUUCCUUUUCGAUUGAAAUCUGAAAGAAACCGUGUCAUGAGGCUCCACUGGAAAAUAAGCAUUGAUUUUUAUUUUAAUUACCUCGUUCCAAAUUUCUCUUUAAAAUCACGAUUAAAGUAUUUAUUGUUUAUUUAGUUACUCGGAGCAUUUACUUCUUGUUUAUUAGCCCCCGGCACUUUCAAUGUUCCUUCUUCGGUAUUUUAUUUUAUUUUGCAGACCAAUCUAACGUGCUCAUAUUAUUCCCAUCACUAGACUUGGGGAAUACAUUAUAAUUUUUAUCGUGUUGAACGCGAGUCAUAUUAUACCAUGCAAGCGUUGUUUGCUGUAACCUUAUAUUCAUUUUGUAGGACUGCACUCAUUUGACCAGCGGUAGUGGCAUCAAACCUUUGGAGUAGGAGGUAUAAAUCCGGCAAAAAAUUGUCCCAUUUCACUUAAAUACCAUGACCGUUAUUAUAAGUAUGUAUGUAAGUAGUAUGUAGUAAGUAUGUUUUGGAAAAAGACACCCCCCCCCCCCCCCCCCCCCUGCUGAUACUCUUAACCCACCACCUCCACAUUGUCUUUUGUGCCGCUGCUACGUUUCGGGAGUGUAGUGCAGUUUGACUAAAACGAUAGUAUGUAUAAGCUGGAUUGUGCCACCGUGCUUUAUAGCACAAUUUAGCAAAAUGUCACGGACAAACGUUGUACUAGCGUCACCCUUUAUUCUGAACUUUCCUACUGUUGUACCAUCUGGAGCACUAGACAUCUGUAAUGAAAUCAGGUAGAACUGGAAGAGUGUCGACUAUACGCUAGCACAGCGCUUGUCCUCGGCGAAAUCCUUUAUAAUAUCAUAACCCUCAUACAUCAGGGCCGUAGCAGGUGGUUUGGGCACUGGGGGCAUUUCUCCCCCCCCCCCCCUCCCUCCCCUAUAUUUUCAAACACACUACAAGGAAAUGACUCGAUUUCUCAAUGUUUCUGUAUUGUGCCUCCCAAUAUUUCCAGGCCUGUUACGGCACUGACAUGUAGUACACAGCAGAUACAAUAGCGUAACAAGAAGUACAAAGUAUUGCGUUACUGGGUGGAGCACGUUUUUAUGUUUCAAAAUAAACUCAUAAGAACGUCCCAUAUCGAGAAGUGAAAAUCGUCUAGACAUCUCACGGCUUCACAGCGCAAACGAUAUCUCUAGUAAUUGAUACCGUAGCAAUUUUACCUGUACAACUCAAAUUAGAAGUCAGUAUUCUGCUGUGAUAAGUUUAGCAUGUCUGAUUUCAUAAUAAACCUCACUAUAAGCGUUAACUUUAAUCAUAAAAUCGUUUGUAGACAAAGCCGUGCUCUCGAGACGGUUGAACAAGCACAGUACUCCAAAGCAAACAAAAUCAGCAUGUGAUUGGGAGUGGCUGACGGAUAAAAAGAAGAUCUGAGAUGCUUACAAGCAUCUUACAGAUCCAAUCAUUGAGCACGACUUUCCUGACUAGAAACUCAAAAAGUGUGGCAUACAAAAAAAUAGUUAGACUUGGGUGUUGUUGACUGAGCUUAAUCUUUAUAUUCCUCCGCGGAAGUGAUGAGAGGCUUAACCUCAUGUAUUUCUUGAGCUCAAACCAUCUGUAAACAUCAGAAACAAUAAAGUUGUCUCAAGUCUU